AUGCCGUCUCUACAACAACUGCUCGUUUCACGACAAGAGGAUGGAACCGUAGCAUCCCACAAGCCAAAUCCCGUUGUCGCCUUCAUCAUUGGACUUUCCAUCGUCACAUUAGCCUCUAUCCUCAAUGCUGCAGGUCUGAAUCUGACCAAGCUGGACCAUGUUCGGACUAGCGCUAUACCCAAGUCAGCACGGAGAAGGGACUGGCUGCGACCUCUGUGGCUAUUGGGCAUGAUACUAUAUAUUCUUUCGCAGCUAUUGGGUUCCACACUAGCGUUGCGCUAUAUGCGCGCAGAGUAUGUCGCCCCUCUAGGCUCGACGUCUCUCAUCUUCAAUUUCUUGUUCGCCCGCUUUCUCAUUGGUACACCCGUCACGAUGACCGACGUCUAUGGUACCGUGGUUAUUAUUGUCGGUGUUGUCGGCAUCGUCGCUUUCGGCAGCAUCAACACGGGUCUCUCAUCGGAGACGUCUGCCGAACAUCUCGCCACAUUGUGGGGCCGCGGCGGUUGGAUAGCGUACUUCAUCGUCAUGUCGCUCGCUCUGACAGCCGUCUACAUCUUUGCGUCUCAGCUUGAACUGGUGCUGAACUCGCGCUCGGAUCUGUCCGCGCAACCGUUCGCGGGUAUGAGCGGCCGUAUGACCAUUCCAUCAACAGGCGGCUUCUUCGGGAAGGCUAUGGCGUGGAAACGAUGGAUCAUGGUCUUGAUCGCCGAACAGCUUGAGCACUGGACGGCCGCGAAGGACGACAAGGUGCUCGCUUGGACGCUGGGCAUCGGUUGGGCCUGCGCGGGAGGAGGCAUGGCCGGCGAGUGUCUGGUCUUCGCCAAAGCAGCUGUCCAGGUCAUCUCCGGUGCCGUCACUCACGAGAACGCGGGAAACCAGAUCGGCCACUUCGCGCCUAUCGUUACCUUCAUCUUCCUCGCAACAACAGCCGUAUCCCAGAUCAUCUGUCUGAACCGCGGAUUGAAGGUCUACGACUCUACACUCGUUGUGCCUGUGUUCUAUGGGGUGUACACGGCUACAGGAUGGCUCAACUCACUCAUCUUCAACAAUGCGACGGAUGCCUUCGCCUCCUGGACUCUCUUCCUCAUCUUCGUCUCCAUCCUCGUGCUCAUAUCCGGCGUCGUACUUCUCACGCACAAGAAACCGGAGAAUCCUACGGCACCGCAAGGAAUCCCGUUGAGCGCGGCUCCGAUAUCUGCACGCAAAGCCGAGGCUAAGGACGGCACGGAUGGUGAACGCAGUGGUCUGCGCGAAGAUGCGCCUACGGAGGUCGUGUGGGACGUUGGAAAUGCGAGCGAUGAGGAGGACGACCAUGAAGUUGAGGCGGGCGAGGCUACGCCGCGCGCAGAGCCGUCGCGGAUACAGACGCAUGCAGGAGAGGAAGGCGUGAGCUUGAUGGGCAAGACUGCCGACGAUGAAGAGGAGGAUGCGCCUGUAGUGCCGCCAGGACUCAGCCCCAGCCGCACCAGGCCGACAAGGAGGAGAUCUGCAUCGAAUACUACGAAGGGCAGUGAUGACGAGGAUGAGUAUGGUGCGUUCAAGGACGCUACGUAA